AUGGGUGAUAUCGCCGAGCUGGCGUCUGCGCCAGUUCUAGACUCUCUCGUCCCACCCAGAGAGAUUCAAUGUGCAGGCACCAGCACCGUCUCUCUUGACGACAUACUCAACCCGCCAUUACAACUAAGAGAAGACCUAAGAAACGGCUGCGGCGGCCAAAUAUGGCCUGCAGGCGUCGUCUUGUCGAAGUACAUGAUUGAGAACCAUACCGCUGGCCUCCAGGGCAAGACAAUAAUCGAAUUAGGUAGCGGAAGUGGCCUUGUAGGCCUCGCUGUCGCCAAAGGAUGUGCCGUCGAUUCACCAAUCUACAUCACCGACCAAAUGGCGAUGUUCGAGCUCAUGAAACAGAACAUCGAACUAAACGGGCUUAACGGCUCGGUUCACGCUGCCUUGCUCGACUGGGGUGACGAAGGCGCUGUUCGUGCUUUACCCCGGGCCAAAGUGAUUCUUGCAGCGGAUUGUGUGUACUUUGAGCCAGCAUUCCCAUUACUGCUGCUGACUCUAGAGGCGCUGCUGGACGAAGAGGAUGUAGUGUGUUAUUUCUGCUUUAAGAAACGGCGUAAGGCCGAUAUGCGGUUUGUCAAGCAGAUGAAGAAGAAAUUUGAUGUCGUGGAGGUGACGGAGGGAGUUGACCGGGACUUCUGUAAACAGGAGAGGAUAUUUUUGUAUAUUCUUAGACAACGAAUGGAAAAGCCUUGA